AUAAUCCCUGGCUUCCUGGUUCCGAAACCGAAAGUGAAGAAACAAGUAAGCAGAGAGGCUGUUGACAGGAAGGUAAAAAGCGACCUUUUGGGGAACAAAACAAAAUGGCUACAAGAGAAGAGGAGGAUGAGGAAAAGCAAGGAGCUGCAGCGUCUCACCAACCACAUUCCACUACAGAUGGUUUGAUAAGUUCCUGCUUUCCAGCAAUUCUUGGUCAGAAGAAGUGUUCAUCAGCAGUUGAUGAUGAUGGUGAAGUUUACUCAAAAGCAAAAACUGAAAGCGAAACAACUAAAGGACAAAUGUCUUGUGAUAAAUACCCAGUGGAGACUGGCAAACAACACCAGGGAGGAAGUCAAGUUAAUGUAACAGUAGAGAGUAGCAAACAACACCAGGGAGGAAGCCAAGCUACUGUAACAGCUCAGCUGGCCCAUCAGCAGGGAGGUGAUCACAAAGUAAAUGAGGAAGAUGAUGAAGAUGAUGACGAUUGUUUAUAUCCAGUCAAUCAAGAUUGUCCUGGAGUGGCUGUUCUAAUUGGCCACAGUGUAUUUGAUACAGGAGAAAAAGAGAGGAAAGGUGCUUCUAUUGAUCUUAGAAAUUCUUACGAAAUCUUUCAGAGACUUGGUUUCAAGAUAGAGUACUUUUGGGAUGAAGAGGUCGUAUUACUCCAGCAUAAGUUAAAAGAAUUGGCGAUGUCAGAGAAACUGAAGAAGGCCGACUGUUUUGUGUGUGUUGUUAGUACCCAUGGUAGCGAACAGGAAGUGGCCAAGGGAGACCGCAAUCCACACCUGCCAUCAAAUAUCAAAGUAUAUGAACAUUUUUUAUCCAUGAAAAAUGGUGUCAUGAAAACAAGGGAUCUGCUGGCGAUUUUUGAUGACUCGCAUUGUUGUUCUUUAAGAGGAAAACCAAGACUCUUCUUCAUACAGGCUUGCAGAUCUCGUACAGGAAAAUCACUCAUUGAGUCAAUGGAUCAGGGGAUACAGGUAGACAUUGUGGGUCCAAUGUUACGUUCUCUGCCUUCAAACACAAGAGAUUUUAUGUCUGGAACAAAGACAACUCUAGAUAACCAAGAUCUCCACGGGUCACAACCUCAAAGUCACCAAGGGUCACAAUCUCAAAUAGAUUCCAGAGGAGCCAUGCCGCCAGUGAUUGAGCGAGAAGGGGUGAAAUAUUAUGAGCAUACACCUCCAUUCCCCUUGUUUGAGGACAUUGUGGAAAUGGUGCCACCACUCUGCCCGAAUAAUUUUCUUGUUAUGUUUGCCACCCCUUCAGAAAUGGUGGCAUGGUCUGAGGACACUGAAGGAGGUUGGUUGCUGUCUGCGUUAUACUUGGAGUUCAUCAAGCACAUAAGAAAGCAGAAAUGCAUCAGCGUACUGCCCAUCCUUACUGAUAUCAGUCGCAGGGUGGCCUUCAAUAAUGCCUCCAAUAUGCAAGGCACAGCUUACCAUGGAAUGAAGAGUGUGCCAUGUUUGGAGCACAAACUUACUGGAGACGUACGCUUGACACCCAUGAAAACGACGUAAUAAAGGCCUUGGUCAGAUAGCUGGGCAACAGGCUUCACCUCAGGGAAGUGAUCAAAGAUGGCAAAAGAGACACAAGUUAAAUAUUUCACCCCUGCUAUCAUAUGGGCAGGGCUGCAUGGGGUGUUAUAAUAUAUGUACCUCUCUGGCCUAUUCUGUUCCCAAUUACUGUCAUAUAAUUCAAAAGUUAAUGUGAGAAUAUCUUGAAUUUAUUUUCAAAGUUCAAAGAUCAAUGUUACUUUACCGAAAAAUCAAUCACAUAUAUAAAAUGUAAGCUUUUUUUCUUAUUUAAAAAAAAAUCUAGAAUUACUGCAGAUCAACAAGAAAAGGAAUAUUUUGAAAACAUUCUGACUUCAAGGAAAAAAGGAUCAUAUCUUGGUAUCUGUGUAGUGGUGGAAUUCCCUGAAAAUAGAGACUCAAAGUCAAACACUUUCCUUAAAAUGGAAGGAUGAUCACAUCAGUAUGAAGGUGUAUGAAAAUGUACCAAAUAUUCUUUGUUUUUCUUUUACAGAGCAAUAAUCAUUGGCAUAUUUUUGAGGUUUAUAACAAAGUUAACUUGAUACUUGGUCGAGGAUUGAUAAACCUAAAAGUGAACUUGUUGGCUGUUUGCAAAUAAUUACAUUUCAUGUAGAAUUUAUCACUGUUGGAGCUUGAUAUACUUAUGAAACACUGAAAUGACAUGAUAGGCUGUUUCAGAAAAGUAUAUUUGUUUUAAAAUCAUGCCAUAUUAAUAUUUUCAUCUGUUCAUCAUGCAGAUUAUUAAGUUUGUUUGACCACAAGUACUAAAUUAAUGAAAAUUGAUAUUAGAAACUUUGAUGUUGGUAAUUUGGAGCUUAAGAUGCAUGCAGAAUAAUGAAAGUGAGCUAUUUUUAGAAAAGAUUAUUACUCAUUGUGAGUGUUAUGGGUUACUCAGUUGGUUAGACGUGUGUUUUUAGGAUACAGAUACUUUUGUUUCUUUUGUUUGUUAUUAUAAAAUGGAUGUCUGCUACAGAAGACAGUGGUU